AUGGCCGCGGAGGCGCCGUCCCCGCCGCCCGCCGAGCCCGAGCCCGAGCCGGCGCGGCUGAAGCGGAAAGUGGAGACGCUGGAGCGCGAGCUGCGGAGCUGCCAACGGCGGGUGCGGGAGGUGGAGCGGCUGUACCGGAGCGCGGAGAGCAGCAACCGGGAGCUGCGCGAGCAGGUGGAGGAACUCAGUAAAAUCCUGCACUGUGGGAUAAGGAAUGACAUUAAGAAGUCGGAUGUGGAAGUGCAGACGGAUGACUGGCCGUUCUCAGACUACUAUUAUCAGACAUAUUGCAGCAGUGGCCGUCUUCCAGAUAAGGGUGCCGAGUUCUCAGCUGAGACCUUGGACUCCAGAGAGCAGUCACCACCAGAGCACGCUGCUCAUGCUGAUGCCGCUGUGACGGGGGCUGCUGGCUGCGGGCCAGGGGGGCACCAGCUCGCCUCCGGCUCCCAGGAGGCAGCAUUGGCAGCAGCAGCUGGAGAAGUUCCCUUGGAAGGCUCGUCGUUAGCCGAGAGCUUGAGAGCUGCAGCCGAGGCUGCUGUGUCGCAGACGGGAUUCAGCUACGAUGAGAACACGGGGCUGUAUUUCGACCACACCACUGGUUUCUAUUACGAUUCGGAGAACCAGCUGUACUACGACCCCUCCACUGGCAUCUACUAUUACUGCGACGUGGACAGCGGCCGCUACCAGUUUCAUUCGCGGGUGGACCUGCAGCCUUAUCAGAACCCCGCUACGAGACAGAGUAAGGAUAAAAAAUGGAAGAAGAGAAGGAAGGGUCCGGAUGGUUCUGCAGCAAGUGAAGAAAAGGAUUUGACUUCGGCAGAUCAGAAAGCCGCUGGUGUGGACCAUGCAAGCUCUGGGGAGGGGGAGAAUUUUACCAACGUGAGAAAGAAGCCCAAGACGGGCGUCGGCCACCAGCACAGUCCUCCCCCACUGAGUGUCCCGGUGGGCAGGAGCUCUACGGGAUCUCCCAGUGACCACAUGGUGAGCUCAGCUGCACUUGAUGAUGGCAGGGUCACAGAGACUGACAGUGAGCCAGAAGAAGGUGAGAUUACAGACUCGCACAGUGAGGCCAGCUGUGAGGAGGAGGAAGACUGUCCCAGUGGGGCCAGCACCACGGCUGCGGAGAGCGAGGAGGAAGAGGAGAGGAUCUGGCCACCAUGCAUCCGAGUGAUUGUCAUCAGGUCUCCGGUGCUGCAGACAGGGUCACUGUUCAUCAUUACAGCUGUGAGCCCUGCAACGAUUGGAAGAGAGAAGGACAUGGAGCACACUCUGCGCAUCCCCGAGGUCGGCGUCAGCAAGUUUCAUGCAGAAAUACAUUUUGACCAUGACUUGCAAAGCUACGUCCUCGUGGAUCAAGGCAGUCAGAAUGGCACCACUGUUAACGGGAAGCAAAUCCUCCAGCCGAAAACCAAAUGUGACCCCUACGUGCUGGAGCAUGGAGAUGAGGUGAGAAUUGGGGAGACGGUGCUAUCCCUCCACAUUCACCCUGGCAGCGAGACCUGCGACGGCUGCGAGCCAGGCCAGGUGAGAGCCCACCUGCGUCUGGAUAAGAAACACGGCUCUUGUGUUGGCCCAGCACUUAGCAAAGAGGAAAAAGAAUUAGAAAGAAGAAAAGAAUUAAAGAAAAUACGAGUAAAAUAUGGUUUGCAGAACACAGACUAUGAAGAUGAAAAGGCCUUGAAGAACCCCAAGUACAAAGACCGCGCCGGGAAGCGCAGGGAGCAGGUUGGCAGUGAGGGGACCUUCCUGCGAGAUGACGCGCCUGCGUCCGUCCACUCUGAAAUUACUGAUAGCAACAAAGGCCGGAAGAUGUUGGAGAAGAUGGGCUGGAAGAAAGGAGAGGGCCUGGGGAAGGACAGCAGCGGCCUGCUCACACCGCUCCAGCUCCAGCUGCGACAGGCACGUGCAGGCUUGGGCAGCGGCAGGCUGUCCUCCGUGGAAGAUGUCCAGCUGCUCCAGAGCAAGACCAAGAAGAACUGGGACAAAGCACGAGAGAGGUUUGCUGAGAACUUCCCAGAAACCCAGCCGCCCAAAGACCCAGCAGCGCCCAUGCCGUGGGUGAAGGGUGCUGCAGAAUGAGCCCAUCACAGGACCCUGCUCAGGGUUUGCCAGGAAUCUGGGAACAUCCUUGGCUGGAAUUGUCACAGGGAACGGUGUCAUCAGGGAACAGGUUAUGCACGGAGUGGACUGCAGUCCUCUGGGCCAAGGGGAGCCUGCGAGUGGAGUUCCCGGUUGUGGUACAAGGGACCGGCUGUGUCAUAUGCAUUUUGAAGGUAUGCCUGUCCUUGUCCCCGUAGACACAAUAGCUUCGACAGACAUGCUUCCUUGUCUGCCCAUUAGUACCUGGUAAGAUGGUGUGUCAGUGUCUGGUCAUUACGGAGUGCUCACGUGCGGCUGACGUGUCGUGGGGAACCUUCUCUGCCUUUCUUCUGUGAAGAAUCUGCUGCUGUGAGAUUGUAGCUACGGACCACUGAGAGCAGUAUGGAGACAGCUCAGUGUGCUAGCGUUUGUGGUUUUGAUGAAUACCAUUUCAGGCAAUGGAGUUUGCUAGAGAUAGCAAGUCUGUAGGGGAAAGGCUUUCCACAGCCUCAGACUCACCGUGUUGAUUGAAAAUGUCCACAAAUGCAAUAAAACAUUACAACAUUAAAA